AACAAGACAUCGAGAGAGAGAGAAGGGAGUGCGGGGGUUGUCGUGUUGGAGGAAGAGAGGUCCAGCUAAGUGAAAUGCCACUCAUUCCUGUUGAGUCGAGUCACGAAGGUGAGUGCCUUGUCUGUGUAAAGCUGAAGGAUUGAUGCAUGAACCUGUCUGCCGGAGAAUUCAAAGUCCAAGGCCGUCGCAGAGCCAGCCUAUUACCAGCACUGUCCUUCAUAACUUCUUAGCACGGCCGUCCUUUUGGGAACCUUCAAAGCCGAGGCAAGGAGACAGCGUCUGGUGCAGUAAGCUGUGGCGGGAAGAGAUUUACGUAAUGACCCGACUUAUACGCAGGUGUGUGUGUGUGUGUGUGUGCAGGCCAGGGUCAAACUGCAGUUAGCUGAAGGUGGAUUUUUGCAGAUUUAUGAAUGAAAAAACAAAGACAUUUUACAAGAUGAAGCCUCCAUAUGCCACUUGAGGGAGAGGAAGAACCUUUGUUGGUUCUCGUGUGGUCCACUCUGAGAGCACAAGAGCAGAACGGCAACACAGAGCCCUUGAGACCUUGUGACCAGACAUCCAAAGUAUUCAGCGGCAUGGAACAUUUCACCAGAGUAGCGAGAAGGAUUUGCUGACUCCUCCCCAGCUGUGCGUCUGCACUGAAAAUGUUGGCCUGUCACAGAAACACAGAAAGGAAUUCCAUCUGGAUCUCUGUGUGAUGGAAUUUUUAACAUCCAGUUCUUUAGUUUGUGAGACUUAGAAAUAUCAGGUCCCUCUUUAGGAAUUAGGGCUCUUCAUCUAUGGCACAACAGUUAAUAUAAUAUUUUCAGCAAUUAUCAAAAACCACUCAAGGGGUGCCUACUAUUGAACAUGACUCAUGGGGAGGAACCUGGCCCUGAGACACACCAGGAUUCUGCUGUUUUAACGUAUUUGGAAGGUUUACUAAUGCAUCCGGUUGCAUCUGGGCCCGGUGCUACGGCAACAAGGAGACCAGAGGCUGGCAGCAGCAAUGGUGAGGCAGGAAACCAAGGGGCACGAGGCAUUCAGCUACCCAAUCCUGGCUCUAGCCCGCCAGAAAAAGGAAGUCCACCAGGAGCAGCCUCCCUGCACCUUAAAAAGGCCAGACUGUUGCGUUCAGGAACCUGGAGUGAGACAGACAACCAGAAAAAGGGCCCAACUGCAGUACACGUGAAUGGACAAUGCAAAGAACACCAUGAACUAAGUCUAGAUAAUUCUGCACAGGGCGAGAGCACACUGCUGGCCUCUCUGCUCCAGUCCUUCAGCUCACGACUGCAGACAGUAGCCAUGACGCAAAACAUCAGUCAGAGUUACAAACAGCUAGAUGGAGAGAGCAGUCGCAGAUCAACUACUGACAAGGACACCAUUCAGGGCUACUGUACAGCCUCCAGUCACCUUAAAGGCCUGAUAAGGAAAAACAAGCAACAGAGCCGCAACACUGUGCCUUACAGUCGGCGCAGCAGCCAGGACCGAUGCUCAGAGUCUCCUCGUUCAUCACAGAGUUUAGGGCCUGACAGAGUAUCCUGUGCAGAGAGACUCAAGGCUGUGGCCAGUCUAGUGAAGAGCAGGUCUAGUCCAGCUCCGUCUCCUAAACCCAGUGUGGCCUGCAGUCAGUUAGCUUUGCUGCUUUCCAGUGAAGCCCAUUUGCAGCAAUACUCCCAAGAACAGACCUUAAAAGCACAACUGUGUGGCCGAUCAGCCAGCGAGAGACUGGCAGCCAUAGCUACACAGCAAACUAAAGACAAUAGACCACCCAGCAUGGGAGAGUCUGUGUUUGAUCCAGGCAUGCUAAGCCCUUUUACUACUCUAAACAGAAUUCUCCCCUCUCCAACAUUAAAUUCCAGUCAGAGAAGCCCUACUUUGGGCCUAGGUCAAAGUGCACUCACCAGCUCCCCACGGCCCUCUUCUCACACCCCUAAAGAGAAGCGUCCAUUUGACAGGCACAGCAGCCGGCCCCCACAGAACUGCAGCAGCUUGCUUCUGCUCCUCCUCAACAAUCACAACUCUCAAAAGCAUCUUACGAAGAAUGGCCACCUGGAAGAUGACUUCACUCCUCCUAGCCAAGCCUCUCAUCAGUCUGACAGCGAGUACUCAAACCCAGAAAACAGCUUGACCAAAGACAGUAGUGAUGCAGAGAGCUGCUACUCCAGCUGUUCCCCUAUUGACCUCUCCGUGAGGAGCCGAAUUUCCAGCCAAAAGUCAGAGCACCCCUCCUCGGCUUCGUCUUUAGACAAACUCACAGAGACGCUUAUAAGCAAAUGGAAGUCAGAGACUAUUGGGUCAAAGGUGCCUGAAGCCCAGGAGUUGGAAAUAAGCCCAGACAUGACAUCUCAUCAUAAGGUUACACUAAUGCAGUUACUGUUGGAUCACAGAAAUAAUGAGAUGGUAAACAAAAUUGCUCCGCAAUCUGAUUUACAGGAGGAUGCUGUUUCCCGAAACGUAACUGUAAGUCCAGUUAAACGGAUUGGAACACUAGAGGAAAGCAGAACACAUAACUCUUUUGAUCAGCUGAUGGGCAGAAGUCUAUCCACAUCUUCAGUCAGCGGGCAUACAAGCAAGACUCCGUCUCCUUUUUCUUACUCUGCACCCCUGGUUCAGUCCAGUCCCCUGGACCUUUGUAAGACUAGGCAGCACACCAGUGAGAAGAUGGUAGAACCUGCUUUCACAGCCAGUAAGCUGUUACAUAAUCUGGCUCAAUGUGGUUUACAGAGUGUAUCCCCCUCACCCCCUCUGCAAGCCAGCAGACCACAGAGCAAAAGGCAAAGUCCGGAACCUGAGUUAGAAAGAUCUCGGAUUCUUCUGGACAGGUUUGCUGUUCCCUUGAAAAGGAACCAAACCCCUUUAUUUGAACCAUCCCCUGCCACUUUCUCACCCUUUUCUGGACAAAAGCCCUCACCUCCAGCAUCGACACAAAUUGAAAACCUUCUAGAGAGACGGACUGUUCUGCAGCUGCUGCUUGGCACUGCUUCCCACAAGGAGAACUCCCCUGACAGGAGAAGCACAGAGGUGGCUAUGGGAGUCCACGAAAAGCCUCCAGGGGCUUUUUUUCAUUGUGACAGUUCAAAUGGCACUUCACUAAAUGUCAUGGUCAAAACAGAGCCAAGAGACGAGACUCUUCUUUCAGACAGCUCAGACGGUGCCGGAUGCCACUGGAGAUUGGACUGUGAAAGUCACAAUCCCACCGUUGAAGCACACAGCAAUGUUAAAGAAGAAUCAAAAUAUGGACUUUUGAGCCAGCUCUUGAAACAGAAGACAACUACCUAUCAAUCGAGUCCAUGCACAGAGCAGAUUGUGAGCACAGUGAAAGAGGAGCGACAGGAUUAUCAGGUGCAUCUUCCUAAGAAGAGGAAACUUUGCUUGGAGUUGGCUGAACACCUCAGUAAGGAACUUUGCCAGAGACCACUGGAUACUGUAAGUGGGUGUCUGGUGUCUGGAACACCUGAGGCCCAUAACAGCAGAAGGCUGCCAAGCCCAAAAGAAGAGGACUCGUUCAUCAAGAGUCCUGUGAGUAAAGCUCCCACGAGAGACAGCCAAAACUUCAAUGUUUUGAAGCAGCUCCUUUUGUCAGACAACUGUCUGAAGGAGGUUUCAAAGCCCCAGGGGAUCCCCAGUCCUUUCCUCCCUCAGGCAAACUGCAAAGCCAACGGGAACUUCAGUCAGCCCAGUUACAAUCACAAACUUGUGAACUCUCCAUGGUUUCCCCAGACUCCUAACUCAGGGCCUGGUCGUUUUAACCCACUCUCCUCAUCACCAGGAAACAACAUCCAGGGAUCCUCUUGGGAAAAGGCCUCCUCCCCCAGACCCAGUCCCAAAUCUGUGAAGAAAGAAACAGAAAGCUCACCAAGAUGGACACUCCCUGGGGAGGACAAAUGUGAAUCGAGUACUGAUUCUCCACCUUUAAUGAGGUCUAAUCCUAUACUGUACUAUAUGCUCCAGAGGAGGAACAGUCAGCUCAGAAAAGAGGAAGAGGAUCAUGCACAGAGAACACACCUCGGGGUUACUGUGAAAGUAGAGCCAUGUGCCGCUGAUCGGUACCAUGAUCCCAAACUUGGUACAAUUUCUUCAGUUCAGAUACAGAGACAAAGCAAUGGCGGUGAACACCUCAGUGGGCUCUUAGAAAAACCGUAAAUCUGAACUGCCAAAGAACGAAAAUGAAAUUUUUGUGAAACGAGUAUGUGUUUAGUUUUUGUUUAAUGACAAUGAGCAAAUUAUGUAACACAGACCACCUUUUUAUGUUUCACAUUAAUGAAUGCCGUUAAAAACGGCGACUUUACACAAUACAGACUGAGUUACGUGUUACGUUUACGCAAUUUGAUUUAUCACAAUUCUGUUCAACAUAUACACCAUUUUCCAGAGUUUGUAUAGCUCCUAUUACAAUAUUUCCAAUUCUUUUUUUCAUCACAAAACAUUUAUAAAAAGAACACCCUAGUUCAUAUAUUGUCAAUGAUUCCCAAAAAAAAAGGAUUAUUGCUACAUUUCAUUUUAUAUUCAUUUCCAGAAGCACAAUGCUAGAUUACAUGCAUGAGCAUCACGUCUUCACAUUAAAGGACGAUAAAAAUAAUUAUACUUUAUGAAUGAUCAGGUACAUCUCAUGCUGUUCUCCCUGAAUGAUUGUGCCACGAACUCGAUCCCAGUGGAAAUGACUGUGAAAUUGUCUCUCUCUCUCUCACACACACACACACACAUGCACACAUGUUGAAAUGAUAUACAAUGCUUUAAUUUUUACAUCAGGAAUUAAUCUUUAGGUGGUGUUGGGUGUUUGGCAUGAAUAAAAGAAAACUCAUAUUUUUUGGCUGUCAAAA